AUGGCUCUUGAUGAGUAUGUCAAGACAAGUAAGAAGGGAAAGAAAAGAAAUCCCAAAGCAUCUCGCAGGGGAGGGCGCGUUACGACUGCACGAAUGGGAACUACUUUUAGUAAUAUUGAUGAGCAAUGGUCCCAUGAUCUUUUCGAGGAUUCUCGGUUUAAAGAGGGUCGCCAGAACGUUCGUCGAACAUUAAAUUCAAACAGUAAUGCAAAAUUGACCGUUGAAAACUUAUUUUAUGAAGUGACUGAAGAUGACCUUGAAGAACUGUUUUCUGAAUGUGGUCCUGUUAAGAAAGUUAUUUUGCAUUAUGAUCGUGCUGGACGAAGUACAGGUAACGCAGAAGUUACGUUUGAGGAUCCAAAGGAUGCUGAAGCAGCACUUAGAAAAUAUAAUGGGCAGACUCUUGAUG